CUUUGUAUGUAUAUAUCAAUGCCCUAGACUUAAACUUGUCAAUUGCUGAUGAUAUAAUUUACUAACAAUAUAGCUAAAAGUAAAACAAUUCUUUACAGUACUGUAUGAGAAAGAUCAUAGCCAGAGUGUCAACUGUCACUGCUACUGCUCAGUUCUCUAUUCUAAAAAUUGGGCCCACCAUUCAAUUCUCAGGAUUCCGAUUAAAAGCUUCUUCUCAAGAAUUUUCCUGUUUUUUUUUUUUUUUGGGUAAUAUGAGUUAAAACUUCUCUUUGGGGAGAUAAUCUUUUUUCAGACAUCAAAAUUAAUUCUCCUUAGUAUGACAGUUAAACAGACAGUUUUUCAAGGUUCUGUUGCUUUUUAAUAGCACCUCUUGUUUCUGUGGGAGAGGCUAGUGAUUGAUGAGGCAUUUAAGUCCUUACUAUGUGACAUGUACUACAAUCCCUGUCUUUUUUGAUGAGAGAAGACCACACAUGAAGUGCAAUUUUGGUGGAGGAUACAUGGAAAUGCAUGGAGGCCUGGAUCUGAGCCAGGUAAAGUCAAAAGGGACGUCCUAUCAAGCGUUUCUAGCAAUGAAGUCCAUGGCAUUAAGUGGAGCCUGCAUAUGUGGAGAUAUCUGACUAACAGGGAUGCCAAAAGAAAAAUAUGAUCCCCCAGAUCCUCGCAGAAUUUACACCAUCAUGUCAGCAGAGGAGGUAGCCAAUGGAAAGAAAUCUCACUGGACAGAAUUAGAAAUCUCUGGUAGAGUGCGGAGCUUAAGUACAUCACUUUGGUCAUUGACACACUUGACAGCUCUGCACCUAAAUGACAAUUAUCUUACUCGCAUUCCACCUGAUAUUGCCAAGCUUCAUAAUUUGGUUUACCUGGAUUUGUCAUCUAAUAAACUCAGAAGUUUACCAGCAGAACUAGGAAACAUGGUGUCUCUCAGGGAAUUGCUUUUAAAUAACAAUCUGUUACGGGUUUUGCCUUAUGAACUUGGUCGGCUCUUUCAGCUACAAACCUUGGGUUUGAAAGGCAAUCCUUUAUCACAAGAUAUUCUCAGCUUAUACCAGGACCCAGAUGGAACCCGAAAGCUACUGAACUACAUGCUCGACAAUCUAGCAGUUCAUCCAGAGCAGCUUCCUCCGAGGCCAUGGAUUACACUAAAAGAACGAGACCAAAUUCUGCCCUCAGCAUCAUUCACGGUUAUGUGUUAUAAUGUGUUAUGUGAUAAAUACGCCACCCGGCAGCUAUAUGGCUACUGCCCAUCCUGGGCAUUAAACUGGGAGUACAGGAAAAAGGGAAUUAUGGAAGAAAUUGUUAACUGUGAUGCAGAUAUCAUUAGUCUUCAGGAAGUGGAAACAGAGCAAUACUUCACCCUUUUUCUGCCAGCAUUAAAGGAGCGUGGAUAUGAUGGAUUUUUUUCUCCCAAGUCACGUGCCAAAAUCAUGUCAGAGCAGGAGAGAAAACAUGUGGACGGUUGUGCAAUAUUCUUCAAAACAGAAAAAUUCACGCUGGUGCAGAAACACACAGUAGAAUUUAACCAAGUGGCCAUGGCAAAUUCUGAUGGAUCGGAAGCCAUGCUGAAUAGAGUCAUGACAAAGGACAACAUUGGUGUGGCUGUGGUUUUAGAGGUCCACAAAGAAUUGUUUGGCUCAGGUAUGAAGCCUAUUCACGCUAUAGACAAACAGCUUCUUAUUGUGGCAAAUGCUCACAUGCAUUGGGAUCCAGAAUAUUCUGAUGUGAAACUCAUCCAAACUAUGAUGUUUGUCUCAGAAGUUAAAAACAUCCUGGAGAAAGCCUCUAGCAGGCCUGGUAGCCCAUCUGCCGAUCCUAACUCCAUCCCACUGGUGCUAUGUGCGGAUCUUAACUCAUUGCCAGAUUCAGGUGUUGUUGAGUACUUGAGCAGUGGAGGAGUGGCUGACAACCACAAGGACUUUAAGGAGCUGCGUUAUAAUGAGUGUCUAAUGAACUUCAGCUGCAGUGGGAAAAAUGGUACCUCAGAAGGAAGAAUCACACAUGGCUUCCAGCUCCAGAGCGCCUAUGAAAAUAACUUGAUGCCUUACACAAAUUACACUUUUGACUUCAAAGGUGUGAUUGACUACAUUUUCUAUUCCAAGACUCAUAUGAACGUCCUUGGUGUCCUGGGGCCUUUAGAUCCUCAGUGGCUGGUUGAGAACAACAUCACUGGGUGUCCACACCCUCACAUCCCUUCAGACCACUUCUCACUGUUAACACAACUUGAACUCCAUCCUCCACUCCUGCCUCUUGUCAAUGGUGUUCACUUGCCCAAUAGGAGGUAGUGGAGCCCCACCCCGCAGCGCCGGGGAUCUGUUGCUAUGGACCUGUACAGUUGUAAAUCAAAGUAUGUAGGAGUGAAGUAUGGCCAUCCUUAAGCUGCUUCUUCAGGCUCCUUUCAUUAUUUGUUUGCUAUAAGAUUUUGCACAUUUUGGUGCAUAUUGGUAUUAUUUGGCACUAGGGCUGGAACCAAAGUAUUGCUCCCUUUCUGUGUUUCUAAUUUAGUGUGUUUUAAAUAUUGGACCUGUUUCUUAUUCAAAGAGUUAGCUUUCAUAGUUGAGAAAUGAUCGGUUGAAGGUCCAACAAUAUGUAUUUAUUGCUCCCAGAUGCAUUUUCUGCCUAAUUAUACAAAAAUGAGCUAUCCAUCUUUUAAAAUAAAAUGUUUUAUUUUAAUUACAAUAAGAAAAUUUAAAAAUUGAAUGGUUUAUCUUGCAAGGAAUACUUGUUCUUCUUUACUACAAAAUGGUUUGCCUCUCCAGAUCACUGCGCAUUAGUAAGCCAUACAUACAAAAUUAGAUACUUGUAUGUACAUGUCUAUCUGUAUGACUGUAGAAUCUACACACAAAUACACGCUUUGAAAAGAAAGCACUUAAUUGAUAGUUGAUAGUACAGUGUUUUGUUGGGCAAACCUUCUGGCAUUUUGGGAAGAACACAAGCAAAACCCCUUUCAUCAGUUAUACAGUUCUUGGUGAGACCCCAAAGAUCCAUCUCCACUUGGGAAACAGUGGGAAAUAGUCAUUGCUACAUAGCUUGAAAGCAAAUUUGAUGUAUUUGAAAAUGAAGUGCAUACUUCCACUAGAUGACAGUUUUUGUCUACAUAUAUCCAAAUUUUUUCCUUCCUGCUUGUUGCAUAGUUGACCUAGAAUGACAAGUGUUGCCAGUGUGACCUAUAGGCCCUCUCUCUGACCUAGCCAGAAGACCCAGUUUAAGGAGGAUAAAGGUACAAUCAAAAAAAUGUUUGCAUGCAUCCUAGGAUGUGUGUGUAUAUAUAUAUAUUACUGAAGCAGCUGCCAGCUGGCCACUUUGGGUUUAGAAGGAUUUGGGGAAAUAUACAACAGGGAGUAGCUCAAUACCAUUCCUUCAAUUAUUUUUCCUGACCCUAGCUGCCAAAUAGCCAUCAUAUGCUUUUACUCCUUGUUUCUGUUUUCUGUCAGGGUUGAAUUAAGCUGCUGGUUCAUUCCUGACUGUUGAUGCUCUUUAAAUGUGUUAUUUUAUGCCCAGGUGGUGGAAAAAACCUGUGCCUCAAGAGGCAGUAAAAUAUAAUGCAAUUUUGGGUGGGUGGGUGGGGGGAAUUAGUUGGCUGCUUAAUGUUAAUUAUGGCACAGUAAUAGGAAAAGGUCGUGUCUGUGUUUUUAAGUUUUUCUUUAUUCUGCUUUUUUGCUGCUAUGAGAGUUUCUUAAAAUUUAUAUUUUAAACUUUUCAUGCACUUUACUGUUUCUAGUCUCAGAAUGUGAUAUUUUUAUUAAACAAAAUUUUCCAUUAUGUGAGUGAAACUUUAAAAUAGCCUAUAUUUGUCUCCAUAUGCAAGCAUGUAAGUCAAAAAUUUAAAUUAAUUAGUUUUAGAUAUAUACAAUUUGUUUCUUACAGAUCUGAUAUCUUAGGCUGUCUAAUAGUCUAAUAGUCUUGAAAUGAUGCAUUUCCUUUGUCUUAUAAUAAUUUCAUCCAUAGUAAAUUAAUCAGGCUAUAUAAAAUAAUAAUAUUCACUGGUGGGUUUAUUUUUGUGGGCAUAGGGUUGGUGGGAUUAUGUGAUGUCAUCUGUGAAAUUGCAUUGGAUGAUUUUACUGAAAUCUAAACUCCCCUUUCAAAAGUGCCUAGUGAUAGAGGCGUUGUCUGUCAUCUAUUAAAAUUGGACAUCAUUGUAGUUGAGUGAAGUUUGAUGUAAAUAAAAUAUUAUUUUAAAAAUGUUAUAGCACCAAAAAAAGAAAUCCUUAAGAUAACAGAUUUUCCAGGUAUCCCUUCUUAUAUACCUCAAUCAUUCAACAUCUUAGCCAUGCAAGUAAUUUGAGAGUAACUAAAGUAUAGUACUGGAAAGUAGAAUAGCAUGAAAAACUUAAUUGUGUGGACAUUGCCUUUUUUUAUCAGCUCCUGUAUCUCAUACUUUGUUUUGGGUGGCUUUUCUGCUCUGGAGGUAUGCACUAACAAAACAUUUUCCUCCUUUCAUAUACGCAUGUUAAUUAGCAAUGUGAGCAAUAUUUCCUACCAUACUUCACUCCCAAUAUUUUUGAGAUGUUUGUAUAAAAUGGAAUUUAACGUUCACCUAUGAUUGUAUAUGAACCACAGAGGAGCCCAUUUAUUAAUAAUAAACUUUUUUAAUAGUUAAAUGUUAUGGGGAAAAUAAUAAAAAAAAAACCUGGGAAACAUUGUAAACAGCUUAAGUUUAUUUUGUGUAUGACCGAGGCACUCUGUUGCAGGAAGGUGUGUAAUUGGAUUCUCUCUGCUUCCAAAUGCACUCAUUCAAACCAUUUAUUAUCUUGUGUAAUUUUUUAAACAUGAUUUGAGUAGAUGUGUAGCAACUCAUGUUGAAAUGGGUAAAUUGAGUUAUGUUUUUGGUGGUGCACAUGCCCUUGGGACCCAAUGUCUCAAACUUCAUGUGUAUGAUUUCCCUUUAGUCCUUAUCCACAAACCCUUUGUCCUAAUAAGUUCCCUUUGUAAAAGGAGUAGUAUCUGUUUUGAGCUACCUGUUCAGGUGAUCAGAAAAGCUGCUGUCCUCAAUGUUGUCUUACUAAAAUAAAAUGUAGGCCCUUUGGAUCUUUGAUAGUACCUAGUGCAAAAGAAGAGAAAAUGUCAAAAUGUGUAUAUCUUCUAGAAGUGAAAUAUACACUCACAUGCUUUUCAGUUUUUCAAAUAAAUGAGCUUUAUGCCAUGGAGCUGUAUAUCUUUUGAAAGAAGAAAAAAUUGGGGCAUUUUUGGUUCAUGAUUUAUGCUAUUUUAAGUUAUCAGAUGUGAUUUCAAUUGAAGUCGAUCUAGUGGAAAUCUGUGUUAAAAUGAUUGAAAGCAGUGUUUGGGAGAGGGGAAAAUGUACCAUUUGCCAUCAUUUGUCAUUCAAGAGCAUGUAGCAUCAUCUAACCUAUUGGGCAUCAUUGCCCACCUCAUAGCUUUACUCAUUGUUGAUGGGGAAAAUUGCAGCAUCCUCAGGACUGACAUCUGAAAAAGGCUCAAGUCCUUAUACUGCUCCUUGCUUGUUGACUUUGUUUUUCAAAAAUGUGCCUGGUGUCAACUUUUAAGCAACAGCACUGCCUAAAAGCAAGCAGAGAAAAGAAUCCCAACACCAUCUAUAUAGGCAACUUUUUAAAAUUCGAUAUAGUAAAUCUGUUACAGAUUUAUGGUGUUUUAUGUAAAAAACAAUUUUGUAUGAAGUAGCUAAAUAUUUUCAUUUCAUUACUUUGACGUAAGGAGGGUGAGCAUUUGAUAUCACACAUUGAAGUCAGGUAUGGCACAAUGCGUUCUGAGACCAGCUCCUUCAGCCCCCCUUCCCCCCAACCACCCCCCAUUUGCCUAGUUCUAAGCUUCUUUUUUAAAAAUACCUUUCACAAGCAGAUAUUUAAUUUUACUAACAAGCAUCCUCUGUAAAUGUGUUAGGAGCCACUGUGUAUUUUAGUUUUCCAAAAUAUAAAGUUCCAGUUCUUGACCCUAUCUUGUGGGAAUCCUAAAUCAUUACAAUGAAGGAAGAGCAUGAAGACUCAUAUCACUUGGUUCCAUAGUGACUUUAUUGUGUAGAGGAUGGCACAUAAAACCAGAAAGUUUAUAAAUAUAAUGUUCCAUUUAAAAAUUAUAUCUAGUAUACCAAAUAUGUAAAAUUUGAAAUGGAUAUUUCUAAAGUCUCUGAAAUCACUAAUGCAUUAUAUAUAAUUCCAGUAAUCUGAUAGCGGAAGGGGAAAGAAUAGCACAGGAAAAAUGAAUCGAUGGACAUUGUCAAUUAAAUCAUAAAAAAUGAUGCCUAAUCAAGUCAUGUCUAAUUGGAGCCAACUUUUUUUCCCCAUAAGUUUAAAGUAUGUUGGCAUUUUUCCAGAAUAGGUUAAUGAUAAUAGGUUAAUAAUGAUAAUAGGUUAAUAAUAAGAAAAUCCUAAUGUUAAUAUUAAAGAUCUAUUUCUGAUAACUCAUAAAUUGAGUUUUCAGUAAUAAAUGAAGACCAUUAUAUUUUUGAGUAGGCAUGACUGAGGAAAAGCAUCCUCCCCCCACCCCCCAACUCCCUUAUUUAUACCAACAUAUUAUCUGGGAGUGAAUUAUCUAAUAGACAGGGAAGGUUUUUCAGGAAAAGUGUAAAAUAGAAUUCUGGAGAGGCAAGCUAGAUAAUAAGAGGUAAUUUUUAAAAUUAAUAGCUCUUGUUGAUUUCAAUAGAUGACUCCAAACUUAUAGAAAUAAUCUGUAGGGGAACAUUUCUGAGAGCAAAAGAUUUUUUCACAAUUAAUUGCUGAGACCAUUUGUGCCUACCAGAAAUUAUUAAUAGACUAUAUGACACAAUAGUUGGAACUAGAGGUAGUUUUCAUGAACAAACUUUACAUGACCAGUUGGGUAUCAUUGGGAAUGACAGAAUGUGCCAAGUGAUACGAUUCUUUGGGUUACCUUGUGUGUUAUCUUACAGAAUUGUUCAGAAGACAGAAUGGCUCCUGCUUCUAGUAGUUUGUGGUUGGUGGUGUUGAGAUUUUUCCCAAGCUUUUAAAUGAUAACCGUCUUUGUAUCCCUGAGUAAGAAUCAUGGUGGCCCUUUCUAAAAGUGACAUUUGGUUGCUUCUCCUUUUUUGCCUUUAGAAAUUUUUUUUUUACUUAAUAGUGUGAGGUUCUUUUUAGUUGUUGUAUUGUGCCAUGUUUCCUUAAUUUGCUUGUGAUUUUUUGGAUUUAUAUGAUUGGCAGUGGUGAUGUGUUAAUAAGCUUUGGCUUUGCUUCUUACUGGGCAGUAUAGAUAUAUUAGUUUCAGUGUGUGAUAUAGUGUCUGGUUUAUAUUCACUGGAAACUACACUACCCACUCUCUUGCUUAACUUGCUUAAGAAUAUGUUUCCUACCUGUGAAAUCCCUAAGCAGUGCUUUGCUGACUAGGGUGGGGAGGAGGGGUUUCAUGGUUUCAACCCCCAAUAGCCCUGCAUCUGGACUGCUGCAUUUACUGCACACUGGGAUCCAAGAUUGUUCAGUGUUGUGAGUGGCAAAUUCUUCAACACCAGCAGCACUGAGAAGUGCACCAUGGGCAUUCGUACAGUUGUCCAAAUGCAGGCCAUUUUCUUGCGUUUAGGAGAAGCUGAAGAGUAGAUUGCUGUAGGGAUUAUUGGUAGAAUUUUGAUAGCAAUGAAUGUUUGAUUUUUAAAUUAUUAUUGUUUUUGCUUUUUUUGGUAUGAGUGUAUUUUUUUAUUUUUAUGUUUUUGCUGAAAAGGCAAGGGCACUGGAAAAAUUUACCGUGAAUCAGCUUUUUUUCCCCUCCAUUUUGAUUGUUUCUAACUCUUACCCAAAAUAAGUGCCAACACACUGUCCCCAUGAUGCUGGCUUCUCUACCUUCUUAACCAUUUCAGGGGGAAGGGGACCUUUCUUUUUCAUUGAUUAGCAAUGAAGAAUUCAUGUUGUGCACAACUAAGUCAUUUCUGUGGAUUGUUAAGUAUUGUGUGACUAUGGUAGUUAGUGGUUGAAAGGUAAGCACAGAAGUUUAGACUGAGUAAAGUUUUUCAUUUGUUUUUAAUGUUGUCGAAGCACUUGCAGAUUCUACUGCCCUAGUACUCCAAAAUAAAGGGGGGGAAUCUAAAAGAUUUUAAAAUCUUUGUUUUGAAUUUUAGGGAAAAGAAAAGCCCCAAUUUGUCAUAAAAUGUACUAGUAAUGUUUUAAAUGUUAGCUUUUCUUAAAAGAAAAAAAGGUGAAAGUAAAGUUGAAUGAAGUGCCAUGUAAUUACAGCUUGCUGAUUUUUCUCUGUUUAACAGAAUGGUUAUCAUUUCAGUACUCAAUGUCAUCCCUGGAGGAACAGUGUUUCUACUUUUUUGUUGGACACUCUCAGACUCAAUCACCAGCUGCUUUAUUUUUCUAUUUAUUACAUUUGUCCAGUUGAUGAGGUCUGGAAACUAUUGACAAUGCUGCUCAGCCAAGGUAUUUUUCACAGUAGACACUGUACAACGUGUGCGUGCAAGAGGACACUGUUGGGUGUUGGUAUUUUUUUAAUGUGAAAAAUUAAACACUAAACAAAGCAGUCCUGCCUUUUAAAUCUUGUGGCAGCUCAGAAGGGAGGUGCUUAUGAACCUUCACUACUAUGUUAAAUCACAAAACUACUUUUUUUCCAUUUUGGAGAUUGGGUACUGCUUACACAUGCUGUCUAGGGGUAAAUAUCUGCUUGUCUUCUUGCACCUGUGUACUUUCUCUUUUUGUCCCUGCCCUUUCCUCACCCCUGUAGGCAAUAAAUGGCCAUUUUGCAACUGCA